GCGCCCGCGCUGCUGGCCCCCGCCGUGCUGCUGGGCGCCGCGCUGGGCUUAGGCCUCGGGCUCUGGCUCGGCUGCCGCGCCGCCCGCCCGCGGCCGCGACACCAGAAAGACGACGCUCAAAGUCUGCUCAAGAAUUUGGAGUCUAAUGUACAGACCCCCUCAGAAAGCGACUCCCCACCCAGGAGGAGGAAGAGAGAAGCACGAACUUCGAAGAAUGAGGAGGCUCUGGACGAAUGUGAGCCGCCUUUCAACAGCAACAUCACAGCAUUUGCACUGAAGGCAAAAGUUGUCUACCCCAUCAACCAGAAGUUCCGGCCCCUGGCCGAUGGUUCCUCCAACCCAUCUCUGCACGAAAAUUUAAGGCAGACUGUUUUGCCCAACCAGCCGGUGGAGGCUUCCCCUUCCAGCAGCCUGGGGAGCCUAAGCCAGGCCGAGAAGGACGACCGCAGCUCCUCGUGCAGCAUCCACUCGGCCACCAGCGACGACAGGUUCCUCAGCCGCACCUUUCUCCGCGUGAACAGCUUCCCUGAGGCACUGACCUGUGAGAGCGUGGACCUGGACUUGUGUAUCUACAGCCUUCACUUGAAGGACCUGCUACGUCUGGACACGGCGCUGAGGCAGGAGAAGCAGCUGAUGUUCAUUCAGAUUUUGAAAAUGUGCCUCCUUGACCUUCUUCCGAAAAAGAAGCCUGAUGAUGAAUUAUACCAGAAGGUUCUCUCAAAACAAGAAAACGAUUUGGAGGAAUUAGAAAAGAGACUUCAGGCCAAACUGUCAAACAUGGAAACAGUGGGUGCUGGUGACUCUGAGUACGUCACCCUGGCAGAUGUGGAGAAGAAAGAGAGAGAAUACUCGGAGCAGCUCAUCGAUAACAUGGAGGCUUUCUGGAAACAGAUGGAAAACAUCCAGCACUUUCUUGUGGACCAGUUCAAGUGUUCCAGCUCCAAAGCCCGACAGCUUGAGAUGACUCUGACGGAAAGAAUGAUUGCAGCUGAAGGACUACUGCACGACUCGCAGGAUAUGCAGGCUCUGGACACCCUGGAGAGGACAAUGGGGCGGGCGCACAUGGCCAAAAUGAUUGAGUGCCUGAAGCUGCAAAUCCAGGAGGAGACCAAAUGCCGCCUGGCCGCCAUCUCUCGAGGCCUGGAGCUGCUGACGGUGGAGGGAAAGCUGUCGGCGCGGCAGAAGGAGGAACUGCUCACCCAGCAGCACAAGACCUUCUGGGGGGAGGCGGAGCGCUUCAGCAGGGAGUUUGUCCAGCAAGGCACAGGUCUGGUCAAGGUGUCACUGGCUCGCCAGGCAGAGGCGAUGGCAGAGCUCACGCUGGCCCAGGAAGAGGAGCGGAGGGGCUUCCUGGCGGAGGCGCAGCUGACCACUGACCCCGAGCUGUUCCUCCAGGCUUUUCACGAGGUCCUGCAGAGGCAGAGGUUGACACGGAGUGACCUGGAGGAAGAGGAAAACGUCAGAACCACCGAGGCUGUGGCUGCACUCUGCCAGGAGCUGUACCGCAGCACCAUGGAAACAUUCCAGAAGUUUGUGGACAUCCUGUUCCUGCAGACACUCCCAGACAUGACCGGCCUCUCCCAGGCAGAAUGUGAGUACUUGAGGCAGGAGACCCAGGAGAACACCGCCCGGCAGCUGGGGACAUCAGAUCGCUUCCGGAAACAGCAGUGGAAACUGUUCCAAGAUCUCCUGGAGCAGGAAAAGCAGGUGUGGCUGGAGGAGCACGCUCUGUCCAUGGUGCUGCAGACACACCUGCGGGACGGCCACGAGAGCGUCAUCCGCCAAGUGGUGGGCCAACUUGGCGGCCUCAGCGAAGAAUCUGUGCAGUGCACCCUGCAGAGGCAUGACCUGCUCCUGUGCUCGGCCCUCCGGAGGCUGGCUCUCCGUGGCAGCGCCAUCACCACCCUGACCCAGAUGAGACUGUCGGGGAAGAAGAACCUUCUCCAGGAGCUGCGAGAGCAGCACGCCCUUGAACAGGGCUCUUCCCAGUGUCUGGACGAGCACCAGUGGCAGCUGCUCAGAGCCUUGGAGACGCGGGUCCUGGAGGAGGCCAGCAGGCUGGAGGAGGAGGCGCAGCAGACACGGCUGCAGCUUCAGCAGCAGCUCCUGGCCGAGGCCCAGGAGGUCGGGCGGCUCCUGCAGCAGCACGCAGAGCGGGCCAUCGGGCAGGCGCUGCUGGUGCACGCGCGGAACGCGGCCAGCAAGACCCGGGCCAAGGACAGGGAUGAUUUCAAGAGGACGCUGCUGGAGGCGGCUGUGGAGAGCGUGUAUGUGACCAGCGCCGGCGUCAGCUGCCUGGUGCAAGCAUAUUACCAGCAGAUGAGGAGGGUCCUGCAGGACCAGGAGGAACGCAAACGGCAGCAUCUGGAGACCCUGCUGGGAGAGAGAAUGGAAAAUUACAAGCUGCGGAAAAAGCAAGAACUCAGUGACCCUUCGUCGGGGGGCAAGGUGGCCGGUGGAGUUCACGAAGCCUCCCAAGCCGUCCAUCAGAGGAUGCUGGCGCAACAGAAAAAGUUCCUGGCCCAGUUCACCGUGCACCAGCGGGUCCGCCUGGACGCCUGGAAGCGGAAGGCCAGGGUCAUGGACCAACUGGAAGCCCAGCUUGAGGCCCAGCUGCAGGAAGCUGAGCAGACGUUCAUCUCCGAGCUGGCGGCCUUGGCCCGCGUGCCCCUCACCGAGAGCAAACCACCUUCAAAUAAGCGUGGACUGCCAGAGAAGCCCCUAAGGACCAAAAGGAAGAAGGCCCCGCUCCGGGAAAGAGGGGACGCCGGGGGACCCAAUGACGACGUCCCUGCCUCUGGGGGACACCCCUCAGGAUCACUCAGCAGCAAAAGGCUGAGCCAGCAAGAAAGUGAAGCUGGCGAUGGUGAGAAUUCCAAGAAGAUGCUAAAGAAAAGAAGCAAUCUGUAGUUUAAGGACGGUUGGGGACUGAACCUGAAGACCUGGUCUGCGUGUCGCCUGCCCCUCCCCCAGCCGUGUGAGACAGUAAACCUGGCCAUCGGGGGCAUGUGGGGCUGUCCCCUCUGCUCAGUCUUGCCGUGAGGGGGAUGGAGAAUAGGUGUGCAAGAGCCCGAAAAGGCACAAAGGAGUAUGGCGGACCUGCCACCUGAGACGAUUAGACCCCCAGGGUUGGAAACUCGUCUCUGUGAGUUUUGUGUCUGUAGGUUCCUCAGGGAUCUCGUCCUACCUGGCUCCCUGUGCCCUGGUGCCCCCCACCUCCCCGAGCCGCCUUCCCCAGUACAAGGUGUCUCAUGCCAGCUCUCCGCCUCUUGGUGACAUUUUGCUGGCAGUGACAGGUCUUCAGGUGUUGCUGGUGUUUUCUGGGUCUGCGAUUUUUCUCCUUCAUUUCCACUGCCCUGCGCCCCCCCACCCCCCCACAUCCCACCUGCCGAGGCCACUGGCUGCCACAGGGACCUCAUCAGGCCCCACUCCCGUCCUUGACUCAGCCAGCAGCUAAGGCCUGGUCACUGGGACGUCUAAGUCUCAGGGCCCCAGGACCCUGGCACAGGCGAUGCCAGACAGCAGCCCUGCCCUGAGGAGUGUUCGCACGGCACUGCUUCCCCGGGGAACGGCCACAUGCACCACUGCCAGGAGAGGCCUUCCCCACCAGAAAGAAAAGGGGCUCUUUUCAUCAAGUUCAGGGAUUCUCAACCUGGGCACUGUGGGCGUUUUGGGUGAGGUAAUGCUGGUGGGGGGACAGUGCUGUCCUGUGCAUUGUGGGAUGUUUAGCAGCAUCCCUGGCCUCCACCGACCAGAUGCCAGGAGCACUCCCCAGUUGUGACAACAAACAUGUCUCCAAACAUUGCCAGAUGUCCCCUGGGGAGCGUCACCCGUGGAUCUAAGUCCAAGUGCGGUGGCCCCGGGCAUCAGGGAGGAAGAGCUCAGCAUGUCCACAAAUUCCCAGAACUUCGUGGGCUCCAGGGUCUGGGAGCCACUGUCUCGGCGAUUUUACGGACCAUUUAUGACCUGAAUUUUUAUUUCUUAACGCAAACUAAACCCUCUUAGGAAACAGUGGCUCCGUAGUAGAAGUAAUCCGUGAUAAUGGCGUGGCACCCUCCAGUCCUAACUGGUCAGCAGACGGGAUUCCCAAAGUUAACCAACAGCUCCCUCUUGUGGUGAAACAUAACAUUUCACGCUGCACAGUCUAACAAAGCUUCCUUUAUGCAAUAUUUUGAGAACCUGGUUUGCAUAGAAGUCACUUUUAUUUUUGUCACAUGGGUCCUCUGCCCAGAGGCAUUCUGACCGCAGACAGUACAGAUCCAGCCUCACUGGCUGCCUCCGCCUCCAGCGAUCUUCCAUGGAUAAUCGUUUUACUUACGCGUCAAGCUCCCUUAGCCCAAGGGACUAUGUCACAGGUCACAUGCUAGGGGACACUUCCCCACCCUCACGGCCCAGCUACUGUGCUGGGCACAGUUUGGGGCGCAGAACUCGUGAUAAAGACUUAAAUGGCAACACCCCAAUCAGGCCACUGGGCCAUUUCUUUUAUUUUUUCACAAGCUUUGAAUUCAGAAAUAAAGGGCCACAAGAA